UGUUACGUGGCAUAUUUUUGCGAGCAAGAAGAAAGAAUAAAAUCAUUAGAACUUGGCGAGUGAAGCAGUGUUUAGUGUAGUUACAGCGCUUAUGACAGUCUGUCUUAUCAUUGUUGUGGAAUUAAAACGCAUAAAACAUGUCCAAAUACGUAUCCUUGCUUUUACUUGUUGGGUACGCUAUAGUUUCGCUGCUAGUAUUUAACAAAAUAUAUGAAACAACACAGUUAGUCAUUGAUGAAGAAUUCCAUUUACGACAAGGACGCCACUACUGCCAAGGGCGGUUUGAAGUAUGGGACCCAAAAAUAACAACAUUUCCAGGACUCUAUCUCAUCUCUGCAGUAGUAUUUAGCCCAUUUAAGGCCUGUUCUGUGUACCACCUAAGACUAACGUCACUAGUUGCGGCAAUAGUAAACGUGGUGCUCAUUUUUAAAAUUCGUAAAAGUUUUAUAAACCACAAUACAUCCAUAAAUCUAUUGUUGGAAACGGCGUCUCUUACGCUUCUGCCUCCGUUGUAUUUUUUUACCCAUCUGUACUACACGGAUGUCGUUUCUGUGACGGCUGUAUUGCUUCUGGUACUAGCCGGUGAGCGACGGAGACACAACUGGGCUGCUUUUUUCGGUCUCUGGGCAGUUUUGAUGCGCCAGACUAAUAUCGUUUGGGUGGGAUUUGUAUGUGGCUCACGGGUCAUCGAUUUACUGCUCUCGCGUAAUUUGAAACAAAUGCUUCUUUCGCCAAGAAAAAUACUCGCAACCAUUAUAGAUGUGAUAAAUAGAUUUUGGGCUUAUGCUGUGGUGAUGCUUGGAUUCAUCGCGUUUGUUAUUUAUAACGGAUCGAUAGUCAUAGGCGACAAAUCGGCCCACGAAGCUGCCGUUCAUAUUCCACAGCUCUUUUACUUUGUUGCAUUUUUUACCGCAUUCAGUGCAUCUUUGGUACUUCCGGUUGUUACUACUAUUCUAAAAGCUGUGGUACGUAGAUGGUACUUAUAUUUGGUAGUGUGUGUAGUUUUGGGCGCAAUAGUCCAUUUCAACACUAUCGUUCAUCCAUACCUGCUGGCUGACAACCGACAUUACACGUUCUAUCUUUGGAAUCGUUUCUACGGUCACUGGUGGUUUGCACGAUAUUUACCUGUACCGAUGUACACGAUCAGUGGAUUUCUAAUAUGGAAAGUCAGUAUGCAACACCAGUCGUACGGAUAUGUAUUGCUUUCGUCGAUGGCGAUAUUUGCGUCAGUUGCGUUGCAGCAGCUAAUCGAAGUGCGUUAUUUUCUUCUACCAUUCUUGAUUCUGCGGCUUUUACGGAAGGGUGGUGUAUCUCGAAAGGCUCUCGUAUUAGAAUUGAUGAUCAACGUUGUUAUAAACAUCGUAACAUUCGCGGUCUUCUUUCGCAAAGAAAUAGUGUGGAAAGAUUACGCACAAUCACAACGCAUAAUGUGGUGAAGGUAGUAGGAAAUGUAAUUAAUGGCUAGUCAGUGCAUAGUGCGGACUAUGUAAUGUCGUGAAAAAAGUCUGAGAACUUUCAAUUUAAGCUAAAGUUUGUCAUUAUCCGUCGAGAGGAAUGUGUCGAAUUAAUGCUGAAUUUGUUAGCGAGCAUCGGCAACAAAAUUGCUAAUAAUAAAUGUGUA